CAUUUCCACCAGUUUCCACCAAGUGGUCACCCGAGCCCAUAUAGAUAUCUUAUUACAGCCAAACCGAACUCACCCUUCUCCUCUCACAACCUCACCUCUUCAUCUCACCAACCAAAACGCUCAGGUUACCUAUCUUAUCAACAACAUGCUCAAAUACGUCGAAGCAGCCGCAAGCUGGCUCUUCGCCAGCGCCAAAGGCCGCGACGCAAAAGCCUUCACAAAGGGCCCUGCCUUCACCUCCCACCCGGCCCCAACCAUCCCCAUCACCUCUCCCGACUGCGGCCCGGACGGCGCCGUCCUCUCGCCCGCGUACAUGCACGGAGCGCAGCAGGGCAAGUUUCCCGAGCUGGAGUGGGAGGCUGUCGAGGGCGUCAGGCAGUGGCUGCUUGUGUCGGAGGAUCCGGAUGCGCCGCUGCCCACGCCCAUCUGUCACGGGAUAUAUCUUGGGAUUGACAAGGAUAAACUGUCUGUGACAAACGACGACUUUCAGCAGCAAGACGACAACAAGUCUACCAAGCUCAAGGGCGGCUUCUACUAUGGCGCCAACCGCCGCGGCAACGUCUACAUUCCCCCUCGGCCUCUCCUCAAUCACGGCAUCCACAGAUACUUCUUCGACAUUAUUGCUCUAAGCGAACCCCUGGACGAGACUCUUGUCGCUUCCAAGCCCACUCGAGAGCAGGUUGCAAAGGCAAUCGAUGGCAAGGUGAUUGCUUGGGGUCGUUGGACGGGCCAGUGCGAGAGGAAGUGGGAAUAA